AUUUUUUUAGGCAGGUUUUUUUAUAAAUUUUCAUAAAAACAAAGAAAUGGUAUAUAAUUUCAAUAAUCUUAUUGGUCAGCCCAAUAUUAAAUUACAAAUAAAUGAUAUGAAAUAUCUUAUUAUUUUAAUGAUUAUUGGUUCAUAUGUUCAAACAUAUAUGAUAGAUCAUCCUUCAGAUCUUGUUUUUAAUGAAGAUUAUAUAAUGCAACUAGCUUAUAAUUAUAUUAAAAAAGAAUUUUAUAUUGAUAGGAAUCCACCUUACGCAAGCAUGUUUUAUGCAUUAAUUAUGCGGAUUAUUGGAUAUCUACCAGUUAAUUUGGGUACUAUCAAAAAAGCUUUUUCAUUGUAUCGUAUUCCUCGUAUACCCAUGCGAUUGUUUUCAUCUUUUUUUGGUAUUUUAUUGUCACCUAUUACCUAUUUUGCAUUGAGGGUUAUGAGAUUUACAAGAAAUACAGCUAUUUUGGGCUCAUUAUUAAUUAUUUUUGAAAGCUCUGUAGUUAUGCAGAGUCGAUUUGUAUUUUCUGAUUCAUUGGCUUUGUUUUUUACCGCUUUAAUACAUUUGUUUUGGAGAUUAUUUGAAUCAUGUCAACAAACUCCUUUUACAAAAGCGUGGUGGGCUUAUUUAAUGGCAACUGGAUUUUUGCUAGGUGCUCUUAUAAGUACAAAAUGGGCAGGUAUUUUUACUUUUUUUUGGAUUGGUUUUUUGGCGUGUUUGCAAUUAUGGCAUUUUAUAGAAGAUCUUACUAUAACUUUGACAACUUGGAUUAAACAUUUUUUGUUCCGCUUUUUUUCUUUAAUUAUAAUUCCUCUGUCGUUUUAUAUUGUCACAUUUUACCUUCAUAUAAGUCUUUUGAAGAAUGCUAGUGAUGAUAUUUAUUUAAGUCCUGGAUUUUUAUCUACAUUUGAUAAUAGAAUUCCGAAGUCUGUUCCUGCUCCAGUUUAUUAUGGUUCUAAAGUGACUAUUCGGCAUUUAAAUUCGCCAUAUGGUUAUUUGCAUUCGCAUCGUGAUUUAUAUCCUGCAGGAAGCAAACAACAACAAAUAACUCUUUAUUUAUACGAAGACCCUAAUAAUGAUUGGUUAAUAACAGACUCUGGGGAUUCAAAAUACGAAAUUUAUCCUUUUUCAUCGAUUCGAGAUGGUUCUAUAGUUAGGUUAUAUCAUUUAGAAACAGACAAGAGACUGCAUUCUCAUGAUGUUCGACCAUCCUUAUCGGAUAUAGAUUGGCAAAAUGAAGUUUCAGGAUAUGGACAUAAAGGAUUUGCUGGGGAUAAUAAUGAUCUUUUUAGAAUAGAAAUUGAUAAGUCGAGAAGUUAUACUGAUGAAUCCAAGGUUAUCAUUCGUGCAAUUGAAACAAAGUUUCGUUUAAUUCAUGUAUCUACCGGGUGUGCAUUAUUUUCUAAUAAUAUUUAUCUUCCUGAAUGGGGAUAUGGUCAAAUAGAAGUUACAUGUGCAAAAAGUGGAGUUUAUGAAAAUAGUUUGUGGUAUAUUGAAGAUAAUAGCCAUGAUAGCUUUUCUAUUAAUGUUGAAAAAGUAAGCUACAAAAAAAGUACUUUUUUUCAGAAAUUUCUUGAAUUACAUAAAUAUAUGUGGGAAGUGAAUUUUGAUUCGGAAGAUGCAGAGCGUGGUACUCAUCCAUUUUCAUGGCUUUUUUUGAGAUCCGGAAUACUUUUUUGGAUAAAGAAAGACGAUCAAAUUUAUUUUCUCGGAAACCCAUUGAUAUGGUUAUCAACACUGGCUUUCGUAGUGGUUUAUGGUAUUUUCAAAGUGUUUGUUAUAUUGUCUCAACAAAGAGGCUAUUCAUCUUAUAAUGAUAGAGUUUAUUUAAGAUAUGAUUAUCUUAUUGGUACUAGUCUACUUGGUUGGAUCUUUCAUUAUCUUCCGUAUUAUUUUAUGGAAAAACGAUUUUUGUUAUCUCAGUAUAUACCAGCUUUAUAUUUUUCUAUUUUAUCUAUAUGUUCUUUUUGGGAUUUCGUCUCAGUCAGAUUUUUUCAUAAGUUUCAAAUUAAAUUGUUUACAUUGUUUAUCUUUAAAAUAGUCAUUUCUGUUUAUUUUAUAAUGGCGCCUUUGAUUUAUGGAUAUAGUAUGAAAAAAGAACACUGUACUUUUAUUAAGUUUUUUAAAACAUGGGAUUUACAUUGUUGAUUUUAUAGUUAAACAUAAACUAUAUUUUCGAUAUUACUUGUAU